CGCCCUUCUCAGGUGCACAGCGAGUCCCGCCGUGCCAAGGGCAAUCCCUCCACAGACGUGGCCCCUCUCCCCCCCACACCCUACACCCCGCCCCCCUCGCCCUCGCUGCGUCUGCUGCUGGGGUCAGUGCGCCUGCUGCACCUGCCCCACCCCGGGGCGUCCGGACUCGCCCUGGACCGCGGGUACGAGAGUGAGGAGGAGCUGCGCCUUGUGGAGUCGCCCUCCGACCUCCUCGCCCACAUGAUCGCCCAGCUAGGGGGCAGGGGACUGCAGGAGCCGGCGGUGCUGCUGGUAACGGUGCUGGUAAUGGUGGGGGAAUUGGGAAGGGUGCGGCGGGGAGUGGUGGGCGAGUGGCAAGGGGCGGGUGUUUGGGCACCGGGACACGUACAAGAGCUCGGGGUACCAGCUGCUGGCUGACGUGUGGAGCAGGCAGGCCGCCAGCAAUGCUCACUCGCAGUCUGGCCACACAUAGCCGCCGCAAUGUGCAUGUGAUGUGAGAGACAGCUCAAGCCCUGGCCUCCAGUCAGAUGGCAAACUCAUGCGUAGCUAGGUGCCGUGCAGGAGAGAGUGAGUGAGAAGAGGCGGGGAGAGUGUGACGAGCUGUAGUGAUCUAGUGAGUAGUCUCAUGCCAGAUGGCAUGCUGCAUCAGCAAUCUCUAGGUGGUUGUGCUGCACAGUAUGGCACGAUAGGUGCUGGUUAAGUGCUGUUGUAGUACCAGGUGUCUAGUUUUGUCUGGUUUUGUGUG